AUGUCUUCGAAAGAAGCUAAAUCCGCCCUCAAGGAAGCGAGGGAGGCAAUAAAGAACAAGAAAUUUUCCGACGCAAUCAAACUGUGUAAUCGGGUGCUCAAAGAGCAGGAUGAUAAUUGCAUGGCACUGUUACUGUUGGGUGCUGCUUAUCAGGAAAGUGAUAAAAAAGAAGCGGCCACUUACUUGAAACGAGCUCUUGCGUGCUCCAUGGAUCCAACCGUAGCGCUCCAAGGUUUGGCCGGUUGUGUCGAUGAUACCGAGUUGCCGGACGUGUCCGAGAAACUGCUCACUCUGCUGCCCGACAAAUAUGCGGAACAACAUGCAAAGAUUUAUGGUGUAGCUGCACGGGGCACACUCGGGAAAGCUCUGCGUUUGUUGGAGAAGGAAGCGACUGAUGUCCGUGUGGAGGAGGCAAGAAAAUUAUCUGCCUUCGAGUACCUUGGCAAAAUAGUAACGCAAUAUCCAGAUCUUGAGGAUACGGAGCCAAGUUUAGUCGACUUGGUUCUAGAUCGUGAGAUCCAGAACAAUGGUGACGUUUACCAGCAUGAUAAAUUCAAUCGAUUUCUCAAACUACUUCAUCGCGGAAAACGCUUUGAUCGAUUGGCGUACGUUGCAGCGGCCAUGCACGAUCGCUUCCCGAACGAUAUCUAUCCGCUCGAAUGGAUUUGUAAGCUGUACAGCGAAGGAACCAUUGCGGAAGAUAAACUAGCCACACUCCUUCCGCACCAACUGGGCCAUUAUCUUGAUCGAGCCGUAACGGUUGGGCCGAACUCCCCCACAGCCUUAUUGGCAAAGGGAAAAUUUCUAUUCGAUGCUGGCCAUCUUACCGAAGCCGAACGCAUGCUAAAGCGAGCGAACGAGGCGCAACCUUUGUGGGGCACCUGUAUGGCACUGCUGGCCGAAAUUUACUUUCGCCAGAAGGCGUACGGUUUGGCAGAAAAUUUGUACCGCAACAUGAAGGUUUCGAACCUGAACUAUGCCAUCGCACUGAUGGAGGACGAAAGUGUGACAAAACUACGCGAAGCGAACGCUUGCUUUGCAGCACUGUACGAGAACGAUCGUUCGAUUGAAUUGUUGUUUCACUGGUGUAAAGUGAACCUGCUGUUGGGGGAUCUAGCCACAGCGAAUGAACGGAUGAACGAGCUCGAACUUACCACCAUUGAACCCAAACAGUUGGAUUAUCUCAGGGCACUGCGUGAGAAAUUAGCGGGUAACGUUGAGAAUGCAAUCGACAUACUUUCUCGCCACGAAGAGGACAGUACCUGUUUGUUGGAGCUUUCCAGAGUGCUUGGCAGUAUGGAAGGCAAGCGAGAGGAGAGCUUUCUGGCUGCACUGAAAGCGACCAAACUCGAUCCGACCAAUGCUGCCUGCUUCUAUUGGCUCGGCAAACUGUACCAACAGCAGGGCGAUUCGCUGCGGGCGCGCAAAUGUUUGGAGAAAAGUAACCACCUAAGUCCGGCGGCACGUAAUGCGGUCAUCCUGUUGAGUGGACUGUAUCGCAAGUAUGGCGAAUGGGAUGCAAAUGCAGAAUUGUUGUCGACCACGUUUGCGCUGUGUUCGGGAGCAGCCUGGGCUCAGCUACUGCUCGGGCUACACCAUCUCGGUCGGCAGGAGUACGAUGAAGCGAUCGGAGCAUUCCGGACGGUGCUACGGUACGAGGUGGACAAUGAGACGGCCUGGGAAGGGCUGGCUGAUGCGUACCUUGGUCGUGGUUCGUACUCAUCCGCGCUGAAACUGUUCGAGAAAAUUAUGGAACGUAAUCCGGGCAAUCCUUACCCGUUACUGCAGUUGGCUAAUAUUAAAAAUACAAUAAAGCUGCACAGUGAAGGAUUGGAAUUGUUCGAGCAAUUGCUCGCCCUGCAUUCGAACUAUUUCCCUGCCAUCAAGGGUAUUGCCGAUUCGCACAUGGGCCUUUGCUACUAUCGAUUAGGCCAACGGCUUCUUGGCCGUAGUCGAGAUCAUGCCCAGCUGUGUAUAGAGUACCUAACGAAGGCCAUAAAAUUGAAGCCACACUUCAUCUGUCUGUGGCACCAGCUGGCAAAAAUCCUAGACACGGUGGCAACGUUUCCUUCAACCCAUUGCCAUGUGGAGAUUGAGGGCAGUUUGGCGGGUCGAGAGCAAUGUGAGCGUGUCGUGCUGAAACGUAACCAACUGUCGGAGUUGGCCGCACGGUGUUACGGCCGGAUAUUGAAAACCAAUCCCGACAACAGUGUGUACUGGUACGAGUUGGCUCUAAAUCAUUACCGUCGUGCGCUGGAGUUACCGUCGCUAACCGAGGAAGAAAAAAUCGCCGCGAAUGUACGCAACAAACUGCUCUGUUUGGCACGAGACAUGGCCAAACAGGCGAUAAAAUUAGAUCCGGCACGUUGGCAAAAUUGGAACCUGCUUGGAGUGAUCUGUGCCUCGAAGGAGAUAAACAAUCUGGCCCUCGCUCAGCACUGCUUCAUUGAAGCGGUAACAGUCGAUCGGAAAACAGCUUCCGCUGCUUGGUGCAACCUUGGUGUGCUCUACCUUUCGCACGGACCGCUCGGACUGGCUAACAAAGCUUUUAGCCAAGCACAGCAAAUAGAUACGACCUUUUCACAGGCGUGGAUCGGUCAGGCCUUGAUUGCCGAGCGCGUGGGACAGGUGGAUGAAGCGAUGGAUCUGUUUCGGCACUGUACGCAGCUUGGUUACCAUCGCGAAACAGCCCUCGGAUAUGCCCACUGGGUAUGUUCGAUAGUGAACCAGGACAAUUAUUCGGAGAACGAGCGGUAUCGGUUCGCGAUUGAUACGAUGGCCGCACUGCCCAUUGCGCACGAUUCUAUCGUAUGGCACUGUGCGGAUUUAGCCGAACGUUCCUCUGCGGUAGCUUUAUGCUUUCUGGGCAAUUUAAGCAGUCGACUCGGGUUGUGGCGUACCGCAUCGGAGGCGUAUUGUCGUGCAGCAACCGCGGCCGAAACACCCGCAACUAAGGAUGGUAUUCUGUGCGAUCUGGGUCAUUGUCUGAUGAAGCAACAGCGCCAUGACGAGGCUGUCAAGUGUUUUGAAAGCUUACGCGGAGAACCGUCCUACCGGGCGUCGGUCGGACGGGCACAAGCGUAUUUCCGAGCGGCGCAGUUCGACCAGUCGUAUGCCGAGUAUGAUCAAUGUUUAAAACAUUUUGCCCAGACAGAUGAAGAGAAGGCGUACGUGUUGAUUGCAAUGUCCGCAAUGGUAUAUGCAUUCUGCGGAAUGAAGGAAGCCAAAACGAUUCUCUUUCAAUGCUUCGCCCUACCACAGCCACCGAUUCAGGCACUGUUUUCGGCCUGUGCCCUUGGUUUGCUAGAAAAGGACGAGAUGCUGACGGAUCUGGCAAUCCAAGAAUUGCGAAAAUAUGAAGAUGACCCAGUGCACGGUCACCACGUCGUGUACUUCGUGUGCGAAUAUUACUGGCAAAAUGACCAACAGCGACAAUGCUACACCUAUCUGCUUUCACAAAUACAUCGCUAUCCGCAUCGGCCAAGACUGUGGCAGCAGCUUGCAAUCGCGCUGCUGAAACGCUUCCGCUCGCCGGAAAAAAAUCUGCGCCUGGCCUCUAGCGUGGCACAAGGUGCUGUGAUUCUGGAUUUACGUGACCGGAAACAUAGAACGCGCGCUGCGGACGCAAGCCGUUGGUUGGCUGUGGCGAGUGAAGCUAUUCGUCCGCUGAAUGCUCAACGUUGUCGCGUUUUGGCACAGAAAGCACUACAUGCAGAUCCAACUAACCGUGAAGCGUGGGGUGCCUUUGCGCGAAUGUGCUCUCAAUAA